GACGUCUCCAUCUCGCGAGCCUCAGCCCUCAUACUCCAACAAUCCACCCAGCAGCCAAUCCCCCGCUUCCCCAACCAACGAACCUAGACCUCUCUACGUACGCACCCAAACAAUACCAUGAUCCAGCAGCGCAGAGCACAACAAAUUCAAAGCCAUUCCAUCAACAAUCCACAACAACAAGACCUGAUCACAUCACUCCCAACACUCACACCACCACACCAUCUUCCGCCACGACAACCAAUACUGAUCCCCCCAAACCAGCGACUAUCUAAACCACCUCCGGAGACCCCAAUCCCAGGGAGUAAGGGUUAUCAAUCACGAGGCGCUCUGCUCUAACCAACAUUCCCCCUGCCUGGUCCUGGAUUGUCAAGCCACAAUUGCUUACCCCUGGAACUAG